AUGACAGUGGCUAACUCUUUGAUGAAGAGAAUAUUAAUCGACAAUGGAAGCUCAACAAACAUCCUUUAUAUGCAAGCAUACAAAGAGUUGGGUCUUGAUGAAGGAGGAUUGACACGAAAAUCUAUCCCUUUAGUAGGGUUCAGCGGUGAGGUCAAACAGAGUAUUGGUGAAGUGACACUUCCGGUAUAUGCUGAGGGAGUUAACAAACACACAAAAUUUUUGGUAGUGGAUUGUGCUUCGGCGUACAAUGCUAUCAUGGGACGCCCUUGGAUUCGCGACAUGGGUGCUCAAUUACAGAAGCCACCGCUGGUACCUCAUGGCGAAGAACCAGAGGUGGAACAACUAGAUGAGGUGUCGUUACUCGAAGGUCAUCCCGACAAACGGGUAAAUGUGGGUUCGAAACUCCCAACCGAUAUACGGAAGAGGCUUGUCGAUUUCCUUAGAUCAAACGCUGACUGUUUUGCUUGGACUCACGCGGACAUGCCUGGAAUUGAUCCAGAUGUCAUAAUGCAUCAACUUGAAGUAGAUCCAGAUCAUCAACCAGUCAGGCAAAAACGAAGGAAGUUUGCACCUGAACGCGACUCGAUAAUUAACAAAGAGGUCCAAAAUCUCUUGGAUGCUGGGUUCAUACGUGAAGUGAAGUAUCCGGAUUGGCUAGCCAAUGUGGUGGUCGUUCGAAAGAAAAACGGGAAGUGGCGGGUCUGUAUAGAUUUCACCGAUCUAAACAAGGCAUGUCCUAAAGACCCAUUCCCGUUACCUCACAUCGACAAGCUCGUAGACGCUACCGCUGGACACCAACUGAUGAGCUUCAUGGAUGCCUUUAGCGGCUACAAUCAGAUUCUAAUGCCUCCAGACGACCAAGAGAAGACGACAUUCAUGACUACACGAGGCAUAUACUGCUACAAAGUGAUGCCGUUCGGUUUAAAGAACGCUGGCUCCACUUACCAAAGACUAGUGAACAUGAUGUUUGCUAGCCAAAUCGGUCAAACUAUGGAGGUUUAUAUCGACGAUAUGCUGGUAAAGUCGUUGGUGGCAGAGGACCACAUAGUACAUCUACAUCAAGCCUUCACUACACUGCGCAAAUACAACAUGAAGCUAAACCCUUCAAAGUGUUCGUUUGGUGUUAGUUCAGGCAAGUUCCUUGGGUACAUUGUCACGUUCCGAGGAAUAGAAGCUAAUCCAGACCAAAUCAGAGCAAUCCAGGGCAUUACUCCUCCAAGAAACGUGAAAGACGUGCAGAAGCUCACUGGAAGGAUGGCUGCUCUCAGCAGAUUUAUCUCGAGACUUUCUGAUAGAUCUCACCCGUUCUUUGCUGCCUUAAGAAAGCCGAAGCCAAAAGACUUUAUAUGGGACGACAAGUGUGAGGAAGCACUAAAGCAUUUGAAGGAGUACCUCACGACACCUCCAGUUUUGUCAAAGGCCAAAGAUGGAGAAGUGUUGUUACUGUAUCUUGCUGUAUCAGAACAUGCCGUCAGUGGAGUCCUCGUACGCGAGGAAGGGAGCAAACAAUAUCCGGUGUACUAUGUGAGCAAGUCUCUCUUAGAAGCCGAAACAAGAUACAGCCACCUGGAAAAACUAGCGCUUGCAUUGAUAACAGCGGCAAGGAAGCUGCGUCCUUACUUCCAAGCCCAUCCUAUCGUGCUAGUAACUUCGUCUCCUAUAAAAGCGGUGCUCCACAAACCAGAGGUGUCAGGGAGAUUGGCUAAGUGGGCAGUCGAACUUGGAGAGUAUGACGUCAUUUAUAGACCGACCACAGCCAUAAAAUCGCAAGCAUUAGCUGAUUUUGUUGCUGAAUUCGCACCAAGCAUGGUCCGAGAAGUGAUAGAAGAGGUAAAAACGCUUCUGGAUGGGACAAGAAACGGGGAAUGGAAGCUCUAUGUCGAUGGUUCUAGCAACAUUAGAGGAACUGGUCUCGGCCUAGUUCUCAUGUCUCCAACAGGCGAUACAGCUUCGAGAGCAGUCAGAUGCAACUUCCGGGCUACUAACAAUGAAGCAGAAUAUGAGGCACUGAUAGCAGGACUAACGUUGGCUCGAGAACUCGGAGCUCAAAACUUAGAAGUGUUUAGCGACUCGCAGUUAGUCGUCAAUCAAACCCAAGGGGAUUACCAAGCCAAGGAUUCUAGUAUGGCUAGAUACUUGAGUGUAGUGAAGGAGCUUAUCAAAGCGUUUGGUAGCUGCAAGAUUAGUCAAAUUCCGAGAGAAGAGAACAAUCAUGCAGAUGCACUCGCUAACCUUGGAUCCGCACUCAAAACUGACACUUCAGUUAAUGUACCCCUACUGAUUCUACAGUGGCCAACGACUAAAAAAGACAUAGAAAAGCAAGAGUCUUGCGUCGUGACGACAAGCGAAACAUCGAGUUGGAUGACGUCAAUACUCAACUAUCUUCGAGACGGCGUGUUGCCACUGGAUCGCGCUGAAUGUAGAAAGAUCAAGCAGCAAGCUGCACGAUAUAUUCUCAAUGGAGGACAAUUAUAUCGUAGAUCAUUCUCUGGACCUUAUUUGAAGUGUAUUACGGCGAGUGAAGCUCAAUUAGUCUUGGCCGAGCUACAUUUAGGAGAAUGUGGAAAUCACUCUGGCGCGCGAAAUCUAGUGCUAAGAGCCAAGAGGGCCGGAUACUACUGGACGACGAUGAACGAGGAUGCUGUACGAUUCGUUCGUCACUGUGACAAAUGUCAAAGGUUUGCAAAUGUCUCAAGACUGCCACCAGAAAAUUUAAAGACAAUCAGUUCUCCAUGGCCAUUCAUGAAGUGGGGCAUGGAUAUAGUCGGAAAAUUACCAACAGCGCCAGCUCAGAAAGUUUUCCUACUGGCUGUGACUGACUACUUUACAAAGUGGGUGGAAGUAGAGGUGUUCAGCCAAGUCAGAGCGCAAGAAAUCAGUAGCUUUAUAUGGAAGAAUGUUAUAUGCAAAUUUGGGGUACCUCAUGAGAUUGUCACUGACAACGGACCCCAAUUUGCAUGUAACAAGUUUAAAGAUUUCUGCGACAAUUGGGGCAUAAAAUUAAGCUUCGCAACACCAAGGCACCUGCAGUCUAAUGGUCAAGCAGAAUCGUCAAACAAAACAAUUGUCAAACUACUAAAGAAACGCCUAGAGAAGUCUAAAGGAAAUUGGGUAGAAGAGCUUCCAGGCGUGUUGUGGGCUUAUCGUACCACUACUAAAUCAUCGACCGGUGAAACACCGUUUUCACUCGUGUAUGGAAUGGAAGCGGUAAUACCCUGUGAAGUAGGCGUAAAAACGGCACGAACCGAACACCCUAACUUGCAGGAGAACGAGAAGCUGAUGUGUCUCGAACUUGAUCUACUAGACGAGAAACGAGAGACAGCGAAAAUAACCAAUUGGUGCUAUCAACAGGAAGUGGCUAGGAGCUACAACAAAAAUGUGCGCACACGAACGUUUUAG